AUGCCGCCCAAGAGUGCAUCUGCCAGUGCUGAAGUCGCACGUCUAAUUUCCAAACGAGAAAUGUAUUUUUCCAUUAUACAGAAGACGUAUGACUUGAGCAGAGAUGUGGAAGAUGCGUCAAAAUUAAAUAUCAAUGACAGAUGGUCGGCAAUUAAGAGACUGAAUCUUUGUUCGAAUUGCCUGGGUCAUAAACGUAACAGUCCGUGUCAUUCUAAGAAAACAUGUCUGUAUUGCAAUACCAAACAUCAUACUUUAUUACAUUCAAAUAAUUGUGUUGACAAUACAAAACAAUUUCCAACAGAUAUUCCUUCCAAAAAUUCGACACAGAAAAGUUUCGAUUCCAAUCAAAGUAAUACUUUAUGCGUUGUAAAUGAAUUAGAUUUAUCACUUCAUAUAAAUCUUAUGCCGACCGCAACUGUUUAUGUUUUGGCAACAGGUAUUAAAACUAGUCCGUUACGUGUCAUUAUUGAUACCGCAAGCGAUCGCAACUAUGUGACUGAGUCAUUCUGUAAAUCCGCUCAACUAGAGAUAACACCGAUCGAGGCUCAAGUCAUUUCUAUAGGUCAUGUAAAUGAUUCCGCAGCCAAUGAAGGGUAUUAUAUUCCACAUUUUGCCGUGAUUAAGGACAGCUCAUCCACACCGUUACGAAUUGUAUUUGAUGCAUCAGCAAAGAAUGCUGAAUUUCCUUCCCUGAAUGCCAACCUAUUUUCCGGGCCAAAGCUACAGUCUAACAUUAUCACAAUUCUUCUUAACUUUCGUUUUGGCGAAAUUGCGUUAACGGCCGACAUUAAACAGAUGUACAGAAAUAUAUUAAUUCGUGAUCAAGAUAGACGAUUUCAAAGGAUACUUUGGAGAUUUUCUCCGGAAGAUCCCCUCGGCAUUUAUGAAUUAAACACUGUCACGUUUGGUAUUACGUCAUCUCCUUUUCAUGCGUUACGCACUAUUAAACAACUAGCUAAAGAUGAGAGCAAAAAUUAUCCCUUAGCCACUGAUAUAAUUCAAAAUGAUAUUUAUAUCGACGACGUGGUUACCAGUGCAGACACCGUCGAAAUCGCAAAACAACUUUACGUUCAAUUGUCGAGUUUGUUCCGUUCCGCGUGUUUUGAACUAGCGAAGUGGGCUUCGAAUGAUCGUCUAAUGUAUAAACAAUUUGAAUCACACCAUAAAACACAAAUUAAUUUUUCACAAACAAUUUCUGAAUUUGAUACGUCCGUUAAAGUAUUAGGAUUGAGAUGGGAUCCAAUUCAAGAUUGUUUUAAAUUUAAUAUCAACCUUUUCCAUCAAAAUUGGACAAAACGUCAUAUAUUAUCCACCAUUGCUCGUAUUUGGGAUCCUUUAGGUUUUAUUACGCCUAUUACCAUAAAAUUCAAAAUGAUCAUGAAAGAACUAUGGUUAUUAAAAUUGGAUUGGGAUGAGCCAUUACCUUCCUCGUUAGUUGCAACAUGGCUUAGUAUUUAUAAUCAACUUCCAGAAUUAAUUAAUCUUUCCAUUCCUCGAUUUGAAGGUACCAAAAAUUAUAUUCGUUGUUCGCUUUACGGUUUUGCGGAUAGUUCAGAAAUGGCUUAUGGAGCUGUGAUUUAUAUCAAGCCUUGCCAUGAUAAUAAAUAUUACCUUCUUAUUUCAAAAUCAAAAAUUACUCCAAUUAAAGUUCAAAGUUUAGCUAGAAAUAUAUGGUUUUACGGACUCGAUGAUUGUGCUUCAUUGGUUAAAGGACCAGCUCAUAGAUGGAAAACUUUUGUCGCAAAUAGAGUAACGAAAGUUCAUGAUUUACUUCCUUCUGCCAAGUGGUAUCAUAUUCCUUCCGAGGCAAAUAUUGCCGAUUGUGUUUCUCGUGGUUCAUUACCAAAUACAUUGCUUAAUAAUAGUAAUUGGUACACAGGUCCCUCAUGGCUUUACUCUCAAAGAAGUCAUUGGCCCAUACGUUCUACGUUAGAUUCCAUGCAAAAUGUUCCAGAAGAAAAAGUUUCAUCUUGCUUAGUGGCAAACUCCUAUUUCAACAAAGCCGAAUUAACUAUAAUCAAACUUAUCCAACAAAUCUAUUUUUUCGAAGAAAUUGAUUGUUUGAAAAUGAACAAGUUUCCUACAAGGUAUCGGACUUUACGACUAUUUUUACAUGAUGGGUUUUUAAGAGUUGGUGGACGUUUAACACAUGCUAACCUGAAUUUUGAUCAUAAAUUUCCCUUGCUUUUACCCAAAAAGGAUCACGUGAUAAAUUUAAUAAUUGAUUAUUAUCAUGAGAAACAUUUACAUGCUGGAACACAUUUACUCACUUCCAUUCUUCGUCAAAGAUACUGGAUUUUAUCCAUUCGCAGUAUUGUACGCCAACGUAUUCAUAAAUGCAAUAAGUGCUUUAGGAAUAAUCCUAAAUCCUUUACUCCUAUUAUGGCUGAUUUACCUUCUCCUCGUGUUAUGGAGGCAAAACCUUUUCAGCACACCGGUACUGACUAUGCUGGUCCCUUUCGCGUAACCAUGGAAAAAUUUAGGGGCGUAAAAAGUUCAAAAGCAUAUAUUUGUUUAUUUAUUUGUUUUUCCACAAAAGCAAUACACAUUGAGCUUGCCUCCGAUUUAACCACUUCGACGUUUUUAAAUUGUUUUAAGCGCUUUAUUUCACGAAGAGGUCCAGUCUCUUGUCUGUAUUCAGAUCGCGGAACAAAUUUCGUUGAUGCCAAAUCAGAACUGAAAGAUAUAUUUCAACUUAUUAACUCAAAAUCAUUUAGUGCAUCAUUGAACUCCGAACUUCACAAGCAUAAUAUCAAUUGGUCUUUCAAUCCGCCAGCCGCACCCCACUUCGGGGGUUUGUGGGAGUCCAACAUAAAAUCUAUAAAAGCGCAUUUAUAUCGAGUAAUAGGUGAACAAAUUCUUACUUACGAGGAAUUAAAUACCGUGUUAAUCCAAAUUGAGGCGCUUCUCAAUUCUCGACCAUUAUGCUGGAUGAGUUCCGAUCCAAGUGAUCCCCAACCUCUUACGCCAGCUCAUUUCCUCACUUUAACUCCCUUAAAUAUCCUUCCAUCAAAAAAUAUGUUGCAAAUAGAUUUACCCACGCGAAAACAAUUAAUUGAUAAAAUAAUACAAUCUUACUGGAAGAGAUGGCAUUUUGAAUAUUUAAGUGAUUUACAAUCACGUCAAAAGUGGAACACCCCUUCUCUCCCGGCUAAAAAGGGUAUGUUAGUUCUAAUCAAAAAUGAAAAUUUGCCUCCUCUUCAAUGGUCUAUGGGGGUUAUUGAAGACGUUUUUCCUGGAAAAGACGGAGAGGUGCGGACAGCUUUAGUAAGAACCAGGGCUACGUUAUUGAAACGCCCUGUAGUAAAGCUCUACACAUUUCCAUAUACAGUCCACGAAUACCAGCCAUCCGUGUGGUCUACUGAUCGAAUCAAGGCCACACCAUCGUCGGAUCCAACUCCUAUUCCAUCAACAAGUAAUAUGUCUUCAACAGCAACAAUGAAUCCAGAGUCCACUGCACGCGAUGUGAUUGAUUACACGAAUAAAAACCCAUGGCAAGAGAUAACUUCCGCUAAAAGACGUCGCCCGAACAACGCAGUAAGUAAUGUAAGCGUUCCCAUAAAAUUAGCCAACAAAUUUAGCGCUCUAGAAAACAAUGUUUCUAAACCAUCAGACGAGGCAACAGUUAAUAAAUCUACUCUUCCGCCUUUAUUUGUCUACGGCAGUGAUCGGGGAACUUUUGGAACCAUUACCCCAAAAUGUUUUUGUGCAACCUCUCAUUACCCCACAAAAAAUAACUAG